AUGUGGAGUCAUGGCGACGGAGGUGGAAGGUGCUUUGCAAAACCCACCCACACAUCCUCGUCACCGGGUGAGAAGCACGGUUCGAACGUCACUUCCACCAUACGGGCGUGCGACAUUGCACCCAGCACUCUCAGCCACAUAGAUUUUACGGAGUACGAACAGGACAUAUUGAGAUACCAGAAGCAACUUGAAGUGAAAUUGAUGCCGCACGCACAGUACAUGAAGCACCAGCGUGAAUUGGACUGGACGACACGUGCAAUGCUGGUUGGGUGGAUAGUCAAAGUACACCAGUGCUUUGAAUUACGUCCAGAAACGUUGUUUCUCGCCGUCAAUUAUAUCGACCGUUUCUUGACUUGCCGUGCUGUUUCUCGAGACCGACUCCAGCUUCUGGGAGCUGCAGCCGUUAUCAUUGCGGUGAAGUAUGAAGAAGGUGAACCAAUACCCCUUUCGACUAUUGACACAAUCACAUUCAAGCGAUAUGGAAUUGACAUGAUCAAGAGAGCUGAGAGAAUGAUCCUCUCCUCGUUGCGCUUUGAGCUUGGUUGGCCCGGUCCCAUGGCAUUUCUCCGUAGAACCCUGUUGAAAGAGGGAGAUGAUGAUCAGGUGGGAGCGCUGGCUCAAUACUUUUUAGAGGUCUCCUUGCUGGAUGAACGCUUCAUUUCUGACUUACCAAGCCGCACUGCAGCCGUUACACAUCUCCUAGCACGUACGAUAUUGGCCAAUGAAGCAUUGUUUUCAACCGUGGAGAUCGAGAAGUGA